GAGGCAUUAAGAUGUCAUUUUCAUUUUGCAAACAGUUCGGCAAGGACAAGGUUAUCUUCGUGACCAAGGAAGACCAUGCGACUCCAAGCACAAUUGAGCUGCCGGCGCCAGAGCCGGCUGAGGGCGUAAUCACAAAGGACGGCAACAUUAACUGGAGCUGUCCCUGCUUGGGAGGUAUGGCCACAGGACCGUGCGGCGUUGACUUUCGCGAGGCAUUUAGUUGUUUCCAGUACAGCAAAGCGGAGCCCAAGGGAUCAGAUUGCUUUGAGGCCUUCACCAAAAUGCGCGACUGCUUCCAGCUUUAUCCCACCGUCUACAACAAAGCCAAUGGCGGCAUCGAUGAUGACGAUGAUGAUCCACUGGCUGAUGCUUUACCCGUUGACACUUCGUCUGAAGUUCCAGUCAAGGAGGAUCAGCCGGCCGAAAGUGGGGCACCUGCUCCACCCGCUGAAGUUGUGCCGUCGCAGACCAGCUCGGCGGUAGAGAAGGCUCAAUAAGACAACAUUUAUGAUUACUAUGGAAAUUUCUGGAAAAAAUAAAACAUGCCGAAAGUCCCUAAAAA